GUACAUUAUAGGUAACCCACCUCCACAUGCCGAUCGUAACUUCACAUUUAUCGACCAUUGGAGGAAGAGCUGGCUGUAGGGCUGAGAGGUACAAUACAUAAUAAAGUAUUUUAGGUUAGACAUGCUUCUAUAAUAAGAAUCCUUGUAACCUUGCAUCGAAUAUUGCGUCACUUACAUGGGCAAGCUAUAUACACCCAUCAUCGAUACUAUGUCAUCGUCAUCCUUUCAAGUGAAGCAAAGGAACAACUUCAACUCACAUUGUUUAAAGAAAAAAAAGAAGAAAAAAAGAAAGUGAUAAUAUCACAAAUUUCAAAUACAACAGGGUAAUCCGAUGGCUGAAGUCGCAGCUGGUAUAUUGGCAGCCGAGCAAGCGGUCUCCGCAACUAUCUAUGCUGGAGCGGCUGGUUAUGCUCUGGCAAAGUCCACGAUGCCUCUCAAGGCAACCUUUUCACAGACUGGAUAUACGCCCGACACUGCUUCGAGCGCUUCCCUCACUAGAUCUCAUCAUACGCUCACCAUAAUUGGCGACAAAGCUUAUAUUUUUGGAGGCCAGACAGGCCAAGGGAAACUUGCCGGUAAUAGCAUUCACUCUAUAGCGCUACCGGAGGCCGAUACUGCUACGCCUGAUACUGCUACGCCUGAAUAUCAAGUAUUGCCAGCCCUCGCUGCGGAAAAGGGCGGGUCUGUGCCAAAACCGCGAACCAGGCAUUCUGCUUGCGUUUUAAAUAACAGCGUCGCUAUUUACGGCGGUUACAAUGAAAGUGGAAACAUCGUAGAUGAAGACUCUACAAUCUGGUUGUUCGAUGUCGAAAAGCUCACAUGGAGUACUAUUAAACCUUAUAGCCUUCCAGAGAGUACGCCGCCGCCAAGAGGCGAAGCGUAUUUGCUUGCGCAUGAUGGGAACCUCAUUCUUGUCGGUGGGAAGAAUGCAAACGGUGAAGCGCUGACGGACGUUUGGCAUUAUAAUUGCUCCUCCGGGGCUUGGAAAAAGCUAUCGCAUACUCCAGACAUCAUCGCAGGCGCAGCAAUUGCAGGGCACACGUUAUAUGCAAUCACUAACUCUGAUGAUAGUCUUGGUAGCGAAGUGCAUCGUCUUGACAUUCAACCGUAUACCGGACCAUGGCAGACGGUCUCGUUUCCUACGGACCCCUUGACACCGGGACCUCGACCACGUUCUCGAGGCGGAUUGAUACCCAUAACUACGGGAUACGGCCGGAAUUAUCUCGUCUAUUUCUUCGGCGAUCGCAAGGGAAAAGCUGAGGCAGGUGACCUUCUCCAAUGGAGUGAUCUGUGGACUUUCCAACUUCCAUCUAGCGAUUUGGAAGCCAAAUCGACCACCUCCGUAAAGGAUGCGAUCAAGCCGGCUAAGAUUAAGGAUGAGAUACGCAAAAAGCUAGGCGCUGACACGGGCGGGUUUAGCUGGGCUGAAGUUGAAGUGCAACCACCUGGUGAUAUUGAAGCGCACGAGGGUAAGAUUCAUCCUGGGCCGCGAGGUUCGUUUGGAUAUGACGUAACCAAUGAUGGAAAGAGAAUUGUACUUUGGGGUGGUUGUAAUGCGGCUGGAGAACCGGAGGGUGACGGAUGGAUCGUUGAGUUCUCGUAGUGCUACCACUCGUGACAUAAUUGGCUUUGCUACCAAGAGCCCUAUUAAAAAAUAAGGAACACCAUGUAGGCGAUGAGAAAGACGAGAAAGCCGUAUCUAUUCCAAGGAAAUUGCAUAUCGAAAUGUCCCACAAUGAGCUUGUUCUCCUUUCAUGACAGCCCUUGUUAAAAUGGGGAAAACAAAGGCACCUUUGUUGCAGGCGAUGGACAAAGGGUUUAUCUAAUAGAAGAGCAUUCAUAUCGGGUCCGAGCCCAUGGCACUUGGAACCCUUUUUUGAUGUUCUUCAUAUUUUUACUUCCGUUUCGUUC